AUGUGUUGGGGGGAGUGACUGUGGAAGAACAGUCGUCUGCUCGUUGCAUCCUGUUGUGAAAGUGCAACGGCGCGUGUGCUGUCCUGUGUGCGUGUUGUGUGUCUGCGAAGUGUGUUUGUAGUCCGAGCGAGUUCAAGCAUGAAGAGAGGCAAGAAGGCAGAGGAGGCGGUUGCAGAAGGGGAAAACGACACAGGCUCUGCGUCUGCAAAGAAGACAAAGAAGGCUAAGGAGCCAGAGGCCCCAAUACUGUACGAUGACCCUCCUGAUAAGAUGACCAGCAAAGAUGGACGUGACGCCAACAUGAAGAUCACGUCCUGGAACGUUGAUGGGCUGAGAGCCUGGGUGAAAAAGAAGGGUCUGGAUUGGGUGCGCGAGGAGGCUCCAGAUGUUUUAUGCCUGCAGGAGACCAAGUGCGCUGAGAAAGCCCUGCCUGCCGACAUUACCUCAAUGCCCGAGUACCCGCACAAGUAUUGGUCCGCAUCAGAUGAAAAGGAUGGUUACAGUGGUGUGGCCAUGCUCUGCAAGACUGAACCCCUCAAAGUGACCUAUGGCAUUGGCAAAGAGGAGCAUGACAAGGAGGGCCGUGUCAUUACUGCAGAGUUCCCCAGCUUCUUCCUGGUGACGGCAUAUAUACCAAACGCCAGCCGAGGUCUCGUGCGCCUAGAUUACCGCAAAACCUGGGACAUAGACUUCCGAGCAUACCUGUGCGACCUAGAGAAACAGAAGCCCCUGGUGCUAUGUGGCGACCUCAACGUGGCACACCAGGAGAUCGACCUGAAGAACCCGAAGGGGAACAAGAAAAACGCAGGAUUCACCCCUGAGGAGCGCGAGGGCUUCAGCCAGCUACUGGAAGCCGGAUUCACCGACAGCUUUCGCGAGCUCUACCCCGAGCAGGCCAAUGCCUACACCUUCUGGACCUACAUGAUGAACGCCCGCUCAAAGAACGUGGGCUGGCGACUGGAUUACUUUGUGCUGUCCUCUGGUCUGCUGCCGGGCCUGUGCGACAGCAAGAUCCGCAACAAGGUGAUGGGAAGCGACCACUGUCCCAUCACUCUACACAUAGCAGUGUAGGUUACUGUGGUCUGCAGAGCUCUGGUACAGUGAAGCAUCACCUACUCGGGCAGGAAAAUCUUGCAUCUGUUGAAAUGUCUCCAGGUGAAAUUCACAGUUAAUUCAGCAGUACCUUAAUUGUCUAGUAGUUUUAUCUUUUCCAACAUCAUGGUGAUGCACAUUUGUCCUUUCUGUAAUUGAUGUCAGUAAACAAAAUGUACAAUGAAUUCCUAACGGCUGUUCUGUCUGAAGAUGCAACACUAAAUCCUCUGUAAGCUCAUAUUCAACAAUGAUUUAAAACCAGCUGUAGAACUCAAAGUGGCUCCUGUCUGUACUACUGCUGACCUGAAACAAAAGUCUCCGCCACAAAACCUGCAGGAUGUUUGUUUUUUUGUUACUGUUGAAAAUGAAACCACUGUUCCUAAAAGCAAAUGUAACUUGUUCAGGCACAAAAAGGUUAAAACUUUUUUUCCAAAUCAGUGUUAAGCUGUAAAACAUUCCCACACUUCUCAAUAAAGACUAGAUUUCUGUAGAACUUUCUUCUGUUU